AUGGCAAUGAUUGUUCCAGAUUCCUGUGAACUCACACUGGACACAAACACAGCACACAGCAGACUCAAACUGUCUGACAACAACAGGAAGGUGACGAAUGUGGAGGGGGAGCAGCCAUAUCCUGAUUAUCCAGAGAGGUUUGACUGCUAUCAUCAGCUGCUGUGUAAAGAUGGUCUGACUGGUCGCUGUUACUGGGAGGUUGAGAGGAACAUAUGGGUUUAUAUAUCAGUUUGUUACAGAGGAAUCAGGAGGAGAGGAAACAGUGAUGACUGCAGGUUUGGAUGGAAUGAUCAGUCCUGGAGCCUGGAUUGCUCUGAUGGUGGUUACUCUGUCUGGCACAAUAAGAGAGAAAUGGCCAUCUCCUCAUCCUCCUCCUCCUCUGUCUCCGAUAGAGUAGCAGUGUAUGUGGACUGUCCUGCUGGCUCUCUGUCCUUCUACACAGUCUCCUCUGACUCACUGAUCCACCUCUACACCUUCAAAACCACAUUCACUGAACCUCUUUAUCCUGGGUUCUGGUUAGCCCCUCUUGCUUCAGUGUCUCUGUGUUCUCUGUAGGACCGAGAGUGUCCUCCUGUGCACAGAAACACUCACACUGCUGACCAACACACAAAAUCUCUUUGUAAAUCAAACUCAAAAUUACAAGAGAACAAUACAUUAAAGGAGUCACUAAUACAUACACUUUAUAAUAACCACCACUAAUUAAUGGUACAGUUAUAGUUAAACUUUAGUUAAUAGUUAUUUUACUGUCAACAAAUAACGAAAUUAUGAUUUAUAAUGUUUACUAAUAAUUACAAUUAACUUAAAUUUAGUUAACUAUCAAUUUACCAUUAUUAGCGAUGGUUAUUAUAAAGUUUUACCAAAUAAGAUGACUCACUGCACAGCUGUGGUUUGAAAUACCUUUAAAUAUCUUUAAAUAGGUUUUUUUGAAGCAAAUAUUAUCUCUAACUAAAGAUAACUCAUCACACACAGCGCCAAUGGUCUGAAACAGUACCCACUUCCUGUCUCCUAAAGGGGUGUGGCCUCGUUUGAAAGUGUAGUGAACGUCGUGUGGAUGAAUGGAAAGUUAUUUGUAUAGUUAAGUAAUUUUUCUCAAACAAAGUUAAUUUUCUCAUUAUGUGUCCAUCUCAAACAUAACAUUUUAGUGUCCGAAUGUUCUGGAGAUGUGAAGCUUGUUGAAGAAUGGCUCCAAUAUUUACUUUGGUGAUUACGGGUUGAAAUCUCAUAAUCUGUGUUCACGUUCACUUCUCCCGUUCGAAUCAAUCCACUCCGGUCCUGCAGCUAGUCUCCUAAAGAGGCACACAGACAGGAAAUAACUUUUGAGUUGGGGUAAACCGUCUCUUACUUUAGUAGAAUGCUUGCUUUAGAAAGCUGCUCACCAUUGGUUUGGAUGGUUUUGCUUCCAGCUGACAGCCAAUCAGAGAGUGACCCUGCAGAGUGAACAGCAGGAGGCAGCAGAUCCAAAAAUACUGAAAUAUUCUGCAACAUUCAAAAUGGAGAGAAACACUAAAUACUUCAGAUCAAAAGUGUCACCUUAAAAAUGUGUUGCAGAAAAAUGUUAUUUAUGUUUCAUAAAUACAACAAUGAAGGAAAUAAUGAGAUUGCUUUCUGUCUGGCUCAUUGAGCUUUUAAUCUCAUCUGAUGUCUGUAUUAAAAACAUUGUGUUGCAAGAAAAAUGAUUUACAGUUUGAGUUUAAUGUGAUAAUUGUGAAAAUGAGAUGAAUGUUUCUGUGAUUCUGUAAAGAAAGGCUUGUUAAAUCACUUUUAUUCUGACUAUAAUGAAUGUAAUAAGUUGAACAUUUUUGAUUCUGUAAUGAAGAGAAAGAAAUAUAAAGUGAUCAUUUCUCUGCUG